CCUCGCCGGGGUCUCUAUUGAGCGGUGGACGCGCCGGCUUCGAGCAUCUCUAAGCUGGCAGGCAGGAGGCCCCGGGGCUGCGGCUCCGGCGGCCGCGACACGACACGCCGGCGACAUGGCUAGCUCUGGAGAGGACAUGACCAAUGAUGAUGACGCACCUCCCACAGCAACUGAGGGGGCAGGUGAUGCUCACCUGCUGGGGUUCUCGGAUGAGAUCCUCCUGCAUAUCCUAAGCCACGUUCCCAGCACAGACCUGGUGCUGAAUGUGCGGCGCACCUGCCGGAAGCUGGCGACCCUGUGCCUGGACAAGAGCCUGGUACACACUGUGCUGCUGCAGAAGGACUACCAGGCCAGCGAGGACAAGGUGAAGCAGCUGGUGAAGGCGAUUGGCCAGGAGAUCCAGCAGUUGAACUUGGCUGGCUGCUACUGGCUGUCGGGCUCCACCGUUGAGCACGUGGCGCGCUGCCGCAGCCUGGUCAAGGUGAACCUGUCGGGCUGUCACCUGACCUCCCUGCGCCUCUCCAAGAUGCUGUCGGCCCUGCAGCACCUGCGUUCCCUGGCCAUCGACGUGAACCCUGGCUUCGAUGCCAGCCAGCUGAGCAGCGAGUGCAAGGCCACGUUGAGCCGUGUGCAGGAGCUCAAGCAGACGCUCUUCACGCCGUCCUACGGCGUGGUGCCCUGCUGCGCCAGCCUGCAGAAGCUGCUGCUCUACUUCGAAAUCCUUGAUCGCACGCGCGAGGGCGCUGUCCUCUCUGGCCAGCUCAUGGUGGGCCAGAGCAACGUGCCUCACUACCAGAACCUGCGCAUCUUCUACGCGCGCCUGGCCCCCGGCCACAUCAACCAGGAGGUGGUGCGGCUCUACCUGGCCGUCCUCAGUGACCGCACGCCUGAGAACCUGCACGCCUUCCUCAUCUCUGUCCCUGGUAGCUUCGCCGAGAGUGGGGCCACCAAGAACCUCCUGGACUCCAUGGCCCGCAACGUGGCCCUGGAUGCCCUGCAGCUGCCCAAGUCCUGGCUGAACGGCUCGUCCCUCCUCCAGCACAUGAAGUUCAGCAGCCCCUUUUACUUCAGCUUCAGCAGGUGCACACUGUCCGUCGGCCAUCUGAUCCAGCGCGUCAUCAACGGAGGCAAGGACCUGCGGAGCCUGGCCAGCCUGAACCUCAGCGGAUGUGUGCACUGCCUGUCCUCAGACCCUCUGCUGCACAAGGCCGAGGACGACAUCGACAGCACGAUCCUGGAGAUGCUGGUGACGUCCUGCUGCAACCUGCGCCACCUGAAUCUCUCGGCCGCCCACCACCACAGCUCCGAGGGCCUGGGCAGGCACCUGUGCCAGCUCCUGGCCCGGCUAUGCCACCUGCGCUCCCUCUCCCUGCCGGUGUGCUCUGUGGCUGACUCUGCACCACGGCCGGACCGUGCGCCCGCCCAGCCCGCCAUGCAUGCUGUGCCCCGCGGCUUUGGUAAGAAGGUGCGCAUCGGGGUGCAGGCCUGGCCCAGCCCCUUCUUGGGCCAGGCGGCCCCCCAGCCUUCCUCCGUGUUCUGGUCUCUGAUGAAGAGCCUCCGCUUUCUGGGACACCUGGAGCUGAUUGGGUCCAACUUUUCCUCAGCCAUGCCACGCAAUGAGCCUGCCAUCCGUAACUCCCUCCCGCCCUGCAGCCGGGCGCAGAACGUCGGGGACUCGGAGGUGGCUGCCAUCGGCCAGCUGGCCUUCCUGCGCCACCUGACGCUGGCCCAGCUGCCCGGCAUCCUGACAGGCUCGGGGCUGGUGAGCAUCGGCCUGCAGUGCCAGCAGCUGCAGUCUCUCUCGCUGGCCAACCUGGGCAUGAUGGGGAAGGUGGUGUACUUGCCCGCCCUCUCUGACAUGCUGGCACACUGCAGGCGACUGAAGGACCUCAGGCUGGAGCAGCCCUACUUCAGCGCCAACGCCCAGUUCUUCCAGGCCCUCAGCCAAUGCUCCUCGCUGCAGCGCCUCUGCCUGGUGGCCCGCAGCGGUACCCUGCAGCCGGACGCCGUGCUGGCCUUCAUGGCCCGCUGUCUGCAUGUUGUCGUGUGCCACAUGUUCACUGGCGAGUCCCUCACCACCUGCAGGAGCCUGCAGCAGUCGCUCCUCCGCAGGUGAGUGGCG